UCAUCUCCUAUAGUCUCAGCACGUUUCUCGUGCAAUCUACUCUCAUACAUCUUGAAGACAAAACCGUAAAUAAUAUCAAUUUUAUCGAGUUGAGUAAGAAAACUGCUACUAAAAAUCUGCUACAAUUGUCCUCUUUGUGAGUUUAAUAUUGUGGCCAUUAUGUAUCUCUCUGUGAAACUGCCGUAAAAAGAAACCAAGGAAGUAUUUUUCCCAAAUAAAUUCAAAUAAUCGACGAUGUAUGGAAAAGGUUUCGUAUUUUGGUAUUACAUGCUUUCGCUCAUCGCUUCAUCUUCAAUGUUUUGGCCAAGAACUACAAGUGAAGACAGUGAAAAAAAUUUGACAAUGCGGUAUCAGCUUGGUACAAACUCCAUGAGAAACUAUGACUAUGAAGAGGAUUUGAUACAGUAUAAUUUGCACGAAAAUUCUACCAAAGAUAGCGAUGUCAUGCAGUACGCGUAUCGUAUUAAUUUCGCGAGUAAUAACAGCGAGUAUGAUAAAUUGAUAUCGUAUAAAUAUCAAAUAUACGCAAGAAAAUAUGAGAUUGAUAGAAGAGAUGAUCAAACAACACUGAUGCAAUCUAGUAUAAACUCAAGAGAGAUUGGCGGAAAGAAAAAUUUCAUGUCCCGGGAAAUCCAUGAAAACUUGAAGAGAAUCAAAGGCGAUAAUGAUUCUACGUCAUACGAUUUCUUCAAAAAUUUUGAUAGACACAAUAUCGUUCCCGAGAAGUUAUGCGACAAUUUUAUCUGCAUUCGGUUAUGCUGUCCUUUUGGUAAUCGUCUGCUUAAUGGAAAAUGCAUCGCCGAGAAGAAUAACUUUAUCUUCCUGGACAACAUGUAUGGAUAUAUUAAUGAUUCGUUGCAAAACAAAAGUAAAAGAGUAGACGAAUUAUUUCUUCUGAUUGUUCACGAUCCGUGUCAGAAGAUUGAACACUAUUUGCUUAGUUCCCAGCAAAAUAUAUUCCUCGUCAAUGGUUCUGUGUAUCUACCUUAUUACAAUUCGAUCAUCGAACCAACAUCUUAUUGUCUCGCGGUUGUGGAUCACAAUAUAUUUGCUGUGAACGUUUGCUUUGAUAUUAUGAAGAAGAUCAUGAAUAAGGCUAUAAAAUACAAUAAAAAUACAAUUGAUCCACAGUUUAUACUUGAAAAUUGGAAGCCGACGAAAGGCAAGAAUGAUUCCACAUCGCAUGAUUUGGUACAAAAUUCCAAUAAAGUUUAUAAUAAAAACAAUAUCGUUCCGGAUCAAAUGUGCGAUAAUAUUACCUGCAUUAGAUUAUGCUGUCCUUUCGGUAAUCGCCUGGUUAAUGGAAAAUGUAUUACCGGACAUGGUAAUUUUGUUUUCCUACCAAGCAUGUUUGGUGGGUUUUUUAAUGAUUCGUUACGAAAGGAAAAUAAAAGCAUAGACAAUCUUUUUCUUGUGGUCGUUCAUGAUCCGUGCCAAAAAAUUAAACACGAUCAGCUUUCAUUCUCAGAAAAGAAUGUGUUUUUCAUUGAUGGCUCUUUAUAUCUUCAGUCUCACGACAUUACUCUCAACUCAACAUCUUAUUGUCUCGCUAGUGUGGCUCCAUACAAAUUUAUUGUGAAUAUUUGUUUCGAGAUUAAGAACUUGAUAAAUAAAAAUAAAAAUGUAUAUGUUCCGAUACCUACAAAAACGAUCGUAUCUAUAUGCGGCUUUCUAGGCACUUUACUAUUUGCAUUGAUGAUGUUUAUAGUUUAUUCCAUAGUACCAGAGCUUCGUAAUAUACAUAGCUUCAUAUUGCGUGGAUACAGCGGCUCGAUAGUCAUCGUGAACACAGUCGAAUUGAUAAAGAUAUUCAUCGAAAAGGAUGCUAUAUCUAUAGAUAACUUCACCUGUAUCGCAUAUGCUUUUGUCAAAUAUUAUUUUUAUUUGGCACGCUGGUUCUGGUUAAGUAUAAUGAGUAUCGAUAUAUGGCGAAUAUUUAGAAAAUUGCGCUCGUUACAAAGAGAUGUGAAACAACAAGAAAGAAAAAAGUUAAUCAUGUAUUCUGCGUGCGGGUGGGGAGGCCCCUUUAUAUUUGCUAUUAUUUGUGGCAUCAUAUAUUCUGCUCCUGGUGUAUCGGAAAAUUUUCAACUGAGAUUUGGCGAGGAAUGCUGGCUUAGUAGCUAUCCAUAUUUAUUUUACUAUCUGGGAGUUGUAAUUAUUUGUAUUAUUGUUAUUAUUUCCUUGUGCAUCUGUACGGCACGAAAAAUUGCACACUACGAAAAGGACAUUGCUCAUUAUCUGAAGGAUUCGGAGAGCCGAUGUUAUAAAGACAACAAACAAUGGUUCGGGUUGUACUUGGAGGCAAUUAAAGUCCUAUUUAUCAUUAUAUGCGUAAAACAUUUUAUGUACGCUACACAAUCGUUCUGUGAGGAAUGGACACCUUCUCUCCGAUAUAUGUAUGCUGCGUUGGAAGUCAUAGAGCAGUUUUGCAUUUUUAUCAUAUUUGUAUGGAAGAAGAAGAUUAGGCAAUUGUUGCUGAAACGAUUCAAUUGCCAAAAUCACGGUCUGUCUUUAAUAGGUCAACGCAUUUCCACAUCCUUAAGUAGUUGCAUCAAUACGACAGAAACAACUUCUCUAUAGGAAAAAGUCAAUCUCUACCGUCGCGCAGAGAGUUCGUCCAAUUUAGUGUGUGCAACAGAAGGAUUCUAUCAUAGAUCAACGUCGAUAAUUAUCCAAUAACUAAUUACAAUUACAGUAUUAAAAUAAUUUUUUAAUCAAUGAUUAAUUUAAUAUUAUAUUUGUAUCAUAUUUGGAUCGUUUCGUGUAACAGAAUAUGAUCGUGCUUUCCGCUUGUCAAAUAUUCGUCUCUAUUAUAUUAUCGUCUAUAAACUUAUAUAUUGUCUAUUUGUCUAUUUCUCAUCUCUUUUUUUGUCCUCUAAUUUUUAUUCUUGAAUGAUGUAUUUGUCUUUGCUUUUAAUUCUCUUUGCAAUCUGCUUUUUCUAAUUUUUUGAUAAUAUUUUUUAUUAACAUUAUUAACAUUAUCAAAAUUAUUAUUAGAAAUGUAAUGGAAACAUUUAUGUUAAGCGUAUCGAUUGCUAACAAUAAGUACAUGAUAUUAUUUAUAUAUAUGUAUACAAGAUGUUUUUGUUAACAUACAUACAUAUAUACAGUCAAAUUCAUAUAAAUUAAAUUUUUUUAUUUUUGAAUAGUUGAAAUCGUUUAACAUAAGUAUGUGUGCAUGCAUGUGUGUGUAAGAGAGAGCAAGAGAAAAAGUUGAUAAUUAUUGUAAUAAAACUUACUUUAAUUUUAAUUUAUAUAACAUGAAAGAUAUGAUCUCACAUUGAAUAUUCUCUUAAUGUGAAUUUUUUUUUAAUAAAAAUGAAGGCAGACUUAAUAUACAUACUAUAUAUGUUAGUUUUAUGAUUGUAGCGAAUUAUAAGCGAAUGUAUAUAUGUAUAUAUUAUAUAAUAAACACGUUGAUAUAAAAAAAC